AUGUUGGACUCUGGCGAAAUCCUCUACCAUGUGAUCAAAUACACUUUGGUCUUUCUCGUUCGUAUGAUCCGCAAACGUUCCAGUUCGGAGGCUUCCUUUGGCGGACAAUUAUCAGAUAAUGAGGAAAUCUAUUGGUCAGUUUCAUCGUCAUCAAAUCGUGUCCCGGCGGAACCUAGUCAGACUUUACUAUACCCAGUGAAGUCGAUUGGAAGAAUGGAGGAAAUUCAAGUAGCUCCGGUCCAAGAAAUAAGGUCAGUUGUUGAGAUAUCAAACGUAUCCUUGACCCAAACCCCCUACCCCCAUCGGCGUCUGCAGGGCUCUUCUAGUACACAAGGAAUGAACCUGAAUCGGAGAGGAUCCAGCAGUCUACCGGAGCAACUCAGCGCCAUACAGUUAAGCGGUCGACUGAGUCAAGUGGGCGAUGAACUCGAGGCAAGCCGCAAGGAACCUCAAGGACGAUUGGUCGGACCAUUUACCUUGAGGCACUUAUUUCGAACAGGACAUGGUAUGGAAGACUGAAGAACCGCGGGCGAGAGAAAGCAGAAGCCGGCGAGAAAAAGGAUACGGCGUUCACGUAGCCAAACCAAGAAGGGCACAUGUGUGUUCGAAUAACGAUGUGCAAUUGUAAAUGCG